UAUAAACUAUCAUAAUAAAAAAAAUGUGCCAUUCCUUGGAAGAACCUUAGUAUUUCAGCAACUUUUCUCAUUGUUAUCACUCCAUGGCCUCCUUGAUGCUUAGUGGGGCUGAAAAUACAAAGCUCAUUAGUGGCAUAGCUCCAUCUGAGUUAGGCUUAGUGAGUCUUAACUUCCACAAGAGCUGCUUCUUCAAGAAGAAGAGGGCAGUGUCUUAUAGUAACAAACACUUGACACCCAGAUGCAGCAUCUCAUCCUUCAGGCCUGCUUCUCAGCCUAGAUUCAUCCAACACAAGAAAGAGGCAUUCUGGUUCUACAGGUUUUUGUCUAUUGUAUAUGAUCAUGUUAUAAACCCUGGGCACUGGACUGAAGACAUGAGAGAUGAGGCACUGGAGCCUGCUGAUCUCUACGACCGUAAUAUGAGAGUGGUGGAUGUAGGGGGUGGAACUGGAUUCACCACUCUUGGUAUUGUGAAGCAUGUGGAUGCCAAAAAUGUUACCAUUCUUGACCAGUCCCCUCACCAGCUGGCCAAGGCUAAGAAGAAGGAACCCUUGAAAGAAUGCAACAUAAUUGAGGGUGAUGCAGAAGAUCUUCCAUUUCCAACUGAUUAUGCUGAUCGAUAUGUUUCUGCUGGAAGUAUUGAAUACUGGCCUGACCCACAGCGUGGCAUUAAGGAAGCAUACAGAGUGCUGAGAAUAGGAGGCAAAGCAUGUAUUAUAGGUCCUGUAUACCCAACUUUCUGGUUGUCUCGGUUCUUUGCAGACAUGUGGAUGCUCUUCCCCAAGGAGGAAGAGUAUAUUGAAUGGUUUAAAAAGGCUGGUUUCAAAGAUGUCAAGCUGAAAAGGAUAGGUCCAAAAUGGUAUCGUGGUGAAAGGCGGCAUGGCCUCAUCAUGGGUUGCUCUGUGACUGGUGUCAAGCCUUUCUCUGGGGACUCUCCCUUGAAGCUUGGUCCUAAGGUAGAGGAUGUAAAGGAGCCAGUAAAUCCAUUGUUGUUUCUUUCGCGGUUCAUUCUUGGUGCAAUUGCAGCCACUUACUAUGUCCUAGUUCCAAUUUACAUGUGGAUCAAGGACCAAAUUGUUCCUAAGGGCAUGCCCAUCUAAUAUUGGAGAACGAAUUGGGGUAGGAUAUGAUGGUAAAAUUUUGGAACUGUUCAUCUCUAACAUAACUGUAUGUGAUGGUAACAUAUGAUUCUUUCUUGUACCUUUCCAUUUUGCCAACAUAUUAGGGAAGAUUUCAUUCAGGAUGACAUUCUUGCUUCAAAACCAUUAGCUUCAGUUGUUUAGUUUAUAUGCCGAGUUUGAUAUGUAUAUAAUGGAGAAAGUUAUUUUACAAACUUUUUGUAUACAAACUAUACUAUGUCUGACCGGUCAUAUUUCAAUCAAGAGUGUAUGACUUGUCAUACUUAGUGUAAUUUGUAAAAAAAAAUUGUAAAUAGAUCCUU